GUGGGUCCCGUCCCCAGCGCCCUGGUGGCGUACACGCACUACGUCGGUCUCCUCCUCUGCACCGCCUGUAUCGUACAGGAACGCGCCUUGGUGUCGACCACCAUGUCGACGAGUGACGAAUCGACCCUGCGCACGACUAACCUUGUCUACUGGUUGAGUGCGUUGGUGGUGAUUGCGUCCGGUGGCGUCCGUGUCGGUGCGUACGGCAAGGGGUGGGAGUUUUACAGCCACGAACCGUGGUUCUGGGUCAAACUGGCUCUGGUUGGGGUAUGGACGGCAUCGUCCUGCUUUCCGACUAUCCAACACAUUCUGCGCGAGCAAAGCAAAAACCCCGCCACGGGACAGUACUACCCCAUGUCGGAGGCUUUGGUGUCCCGGAUGCAGAGCCUGUACGUGGCGGAACUUACGGCGCUUUUGUUUAUUCCCGUGGCCGCUACGCUCAUGGCCCGUGGGGUUGGU